GCGGCGGCGGCGGCGGUAGCGGCAGCGGGCUACGCGCGGAGGGGCGCCUCGGCCAUGACUGCGGAGUUGCAGCAGGACGACACGGCCGGAGCGGCCGACGGCCACAGCUCGAGCUGCCAAAUGCUGUUAAAUCAACUGAGAGAAAUCACAGGCAUUCAGGAUCCUUCCUUUCUUCAUGAAGCUUUAAAGGCCAGUAAUGGUGACAUCACCCAGGCUGUCAGCCUUCUCACUGAUGAAAGAGUUAAGGAGCCCAGUCAAGACACAGUUGCUACAGAGCCAUCUGAAGUAGAGGGGAGUGCUGCCAGCAAAGAAGUGCUAGCAAAAGUGAUAGACCUUACUCAUGACAGCAAAGAUGAUCUUCAGGCUGCCAUUGCUUUGAGUCUACUGGAGUCUCCCAAAAUUCAAGCUGAUGCAGGAGAUCUCAGCAGGAUGCACGAGGCAACUUCUGCAGAAAUUAAACGCUCAAAGAGAAAACGUUGUGAAGUCUGGGGAGAAAAUCCCAAUCCUAAUGACUGGAGGAGAGUGGAUGGUUGGCCAGUAGGACUGAAAAAUGUUGGAAACACAUGUUGGUUCAGUGCUGUUAUUCAGUCUCUCUUUCAGUUGCCUGAGUUUAGAAGACUUGUUCUUAGCUAUAGUCUGCCACAGAAUAUACUUGAAAAUUGCCGGAGUCACACAGAAAAGAGAAAUAUUGUGUUUAUGCAAGAGCUUCAGUAUUUGUUUGCUCUAAUGAUGGGAACAAAUCGGAAAUUUGUAGACCCUUCUGCAGCCCUGGAUCUGUUAAAGGGAGCGUUCCGGUCAUCAGAGGAGCAGCAGCAAGAUGUGAGUGAGUUCACGCAUAAGCUCCUGGAUUGGCUGGAGGAUGCAUUCCAGCUGGCUGUUAAUGUUAACAGCAGUCCCAGGAACAAAUCUGAAAAUCCCAUGGUGCAGCUAUUCUAUGGUACUUUCCUGACUGAAGGGGUUCAUGAAGGAAAGCCCUUUUGUAACAACGAGACCUUCGGCCAAUAUCCCCUCCAGGUAAAUGGUUAUCGCAACUUAGACGAAUGUUUGGAAGGGGCCAUGGUGGAGGGUGACAUUGAGCUGCUUCCUUCUGGUCAUUCAGUGAAGUAUGGACAAGAGCGUUGGUUUACAAAGCUACCUCCAGUGUUGACCUUUGAACUCUCCAGAUUUGAGUUCAAUCAGUCUCUUGGGCAGCCAGAGAAAAUUCAUAAUAAGUUGGAAUUUCCUCAGAUUAUUUAUAUGGACAGGUACAUGUAUAGGAGCAAGGAACUUAUUCGAAGUAAGAGAGAGAGUAUUCGAAAGCUAAAGGAGGAAAUAAAGAUUCUGCAGCAAAAACUGGAAAGGUAUGUGAAGUAUGGCUCGGGCCCCACUCGAUUCCCACUCCCGGACAUGUUGAAAUAUGUUAUUGAAUUUGCCAGUACAAAACCUGCCUCUGAAAGCUGUCUAUCUCAAAGUGACAAGCACAUGACCUUACCACUUCCUUCAGUGCACUGCCCAGUUACUGACCUCAAGUCCAAGGAAAGUACAAGUCCAGAAAGUGGUUCUCAGGAAGUUGAAGGUACCUUUUCUUCUCCUCAAGACUCUUUACACAAGUCAGAGGUAAUGAAUGGGCCACUUACCUCUACUCGGCCUUCCCUGGCAAUGCCUGCAUCCCCAGCACCUCGGACAGUCACAGAUGAGGAGAUGAGUUUUGUUAAGACUUGUCUUCAGAGGUGGAGGAGUGAGAUUGAACAGGAUAUACAAGAUUUAAAGAAUUGUAUUGCCAGCACCACCCAGACUAUUGAGCAGAUGUACUGUGAUCCUCUCCUUCAUCAGGUGCCUUAUCGCUUACAUGCAGUUCUUGUCCAUGAAGGACAAGCAAAUGCAGGACACUACUGGGCUUACAUCUAUAACCAACCCAGACAAACCUGGCUCAAAUACAAUGAUAUCUCUGUUACUGAAUCUUCCUGGGAAGAACUUGAAAGGGACUCGUAUGGGGGUCUGAGAAAUGUCAGUGCUUACUGCCUGAUGUAUAUUAAUGACAAGCUACCACAGUUCCAUGCAGAGGCAGCACAUGACAAAUCAGAUCAAAUGGCCGAAGAAGUGGAAGCCCUGUCAGUGGAGCUCAAGCAUUACAUUCAGGAAGAUAACUGGCGGUUUGAGCAGGAGUUAGAGGAGUGGGAAGAAGAGCAGUCAUGCAAAAUCCCCCAGAUGGAGUCCUCCCCCAGUUCAGCAUCACAAGAUUUCUCCACACCACAAGAUCCUCCAGCAGCCUCUUCUCAUGGAGUUCGUUGCUUGUCAUCUGAGCAUGCUGGGAUUGCAAAGGAGCAGACCGCCCAGGCUAUUGCAAACACGGCACAUGCCUAUGAGAAGAGUGGUGUGGAAGCGGCAUUGAGUGAGGUGAUGCUGAGCCCUGCCAUGCAAGGGGUCAUCCUGGCCAUAGCUAAAGCCCGCCAGACCUUUGACCGAGAUGGGUCUGAAGCCGGGCUGAUAAAGGCAUUCCAUGAAGAAUACUCCAGGCUCUAUCAGCUUGCCAAAGAGACUCCCACCGCUCACAGUGACCCUCGGCUUCAGCAUGUCCUUGUCUACUUUUUCCAAAAUGAAGCACCCAAGAGAGUAGUAGAACGGACCCUUCUGGAACAGUUUGCAGAUAAAAAUCUUAGCUAUGAUGAAAGAUCAAUCAGUAUUAUGAAGGUGGCUCAGGCUAAACUGAAGGAAAUUGGUCCAGAUGACAUGAAUAUGGAAGAGUACAAGAGGUGGCAUGAAGAUUAUAGCUUGUUCCGAAAGGUGUCUGUGUAUCUCCUAACAGGCCUGGAACUAUAUCAAAAAGGAAAGUAUCAAGAAGCACUGUCCUACCUGGUGUAUGCCUAUCAGAGCAAUGCUGCACUGCUGAUGAAGGGGCCCCGCAGGGGCGUGAAGGAGUCUGUGAUUGGUUUAUACCGCAGAAAAUGCCUUCUGGAGCUGAAUGCCAAAGCAGCUUCUCUCUUUGAAACAAAUGAUGACCACUCAGUAACAGAGGGCAUUAAUGUGAUGAAUGAGCUGAUCAUUCCCUGCAUUCACCUGAUCAUUAAUAAUGACAUCUCCAAGGAUGAUCUGGAUGCUAUUGAGGUCAUGAGAAACCACUGGUGCUCUUACCUUGGGCAAGAUAUUGCAGAAAAUCUUCAGCUGUGCUUAGGGGAGUUUCUACCCAGGCUUCUCGAUCCGUCUGCAGAAAUCAUCGUCUUGAAGGAGCCUCCAACUAUUAGACCCAAUUCUCCCUAUGACCUUUGCAGCCGGUUUGCAGCUGUCAUGGAGUCAAUUCAAGGAGUUUCCACUGUAACAGUGAAAUAAGCCCUCAGUGCUACAGUUCCAUCGUGGUCUCUGCUCACCUGCCUGUUGUUACAGUAUCCAUCUGGGGAAAGGGACCAGGUGGAUGAGUAAGGUUCACAUGCUGUGUGUUUAAAUAAAGGUUAUUGAUAAAAUUGCACUUUUUAGGUAAAAAGUCAUGAAACCUGUUUCACUAGAGAAGGCAGGAGGAGCCAGUUUAUUAAGGUUUUUGAAUUAUGCCAGAAGACCUAAAAUGCCUUUAAAUUUCCCAUAAUACUUGGGCUUUUCUAAGCCUCUUACCACUUUUUAAAUUAUCCCUCAGGCACAGAUACUUCUGACAGCAGAAUAGAAGUGACUCAUCAGAAUCUGAAGCAGAGGAACAGCUACUAGUUAUUUUAUCAAGCCCAGGUGACAUUUAAGGAUUCUUAACUCCCAGAGACUGGUAAUAGAACCCUUGCCUUGCUUUUGACAGGUGAGAAAAUGAGGUGCUGAUGAACCUCUGCCUUGUCCAUGUGAGUAGAACAUAAGGCUGGCAGCAGGGUACCACAAGGUCAAGGGAUAGCUGCCGCCCCCUGUGUUCUUUUAUAUUUUAAAUCAACCAGAAAACCUCACACUCAGUCCUGAGUGAAAGAAAGGAAAACAUUAAGGACUUCUGACCGAGUAGUGUAGUGAAGUCAGACUAAAGUUGUGUUUUAGUGGUUGUUUAUCAUUUUGAAAAAAUUUCCAGUACCUGAAAAUUGUCAAAAAAAAAAAAAAAAGUGUCUAAAACUACUACUCUGGCCCAAUAGAACAUUGUGAUUCCCCUCUCCUUUUUUGCUUUUAGAAAAUAAGGGGUGUGGGUUUGUAAAAAGAACAGAAUAUAUAUAUGUAUAUGUAGAGAGAAUCAUUUUUAAAGUACUCCUAAUUGGAAACUAAUGUUUUAACCUAUCUUUAAAGAUUAAUGGAGAAAUCAUGGGAGAGAAGAACACUUGAUACAACUAUGCAGAUUUUAUAAAUGUGCAAUAAAAGUAUUUGUUUUGCCUUUG